AUGGGGAUCUUGGAGCUGGCGCGGCACAAAACCUCAAAAACAAUCUGGGCUACGACUCCUCGGAGCCGGUGUGGCCCGGCGGCGCUCGGAGCCUUUCCAAGUGCAAGAAUCCAACACCUGUCCGAGCACAAGAGACGCCUCCCAGCAAGGGAGGGGAGGAAGGACGAGGAGGCGAAGACCCAGCGUCCUUCCUCCAAGACGUCCCAGUACCAGAGCUUUGUCCGCCUGUCGACACCCAGAGGCCGCAGCCACAGUUCCCAGGAGGCGCGCUCUCCUCACACUCCUCAGUGUGAGAUCAACUGUCCGAUCUGGCACGUUGACCCCAGAGUGAAAACUGCAGCGAUCGCUCCUCGACUGCUGCGGCUCGCCGACGCCAAACAGAACCCCCCGGACUUCCAGAGCAACAGAGAGGCGAGGACCUUUACUCUGAAAUGAACACUCAGGAAACCUUGUGUUGUUACCGUACUGUACCAAUGCUGCUGUAGUUUCAGAUUUGCAGAGUUUUACUUUAAUGCAAUAAAACACCUUUAUUGUUUGAACCGACGCUCUUAAAAAUGUUAUCUUUAGAUACUUAACUAAACACUCCUACUUGUUGCAUUGUGCUUAUAUAUUACACAACAUUACCUCUUUUAAUCUUUAAGUAUUUAAUUUCUUGUCUCAUUUGACUUUAAAUGCAGCAUAAAUGAUUUUAAGUCUGGUGUCCGUCCAGACUUAAAAUCUGGACGGACACCAGCAGGAGACACUUCUGAACUCAAGGUCUCAUCUGAGCACAGAGAACACAUUUGUGAUCAAUCAUCUUACUCUGCUCUUCAGUGAGCGUUCAACCAAAAGACCAUAUCCUGAAUAAGACGUCUCUGGUUUGAUUCUGGAUCUUUGCUUGAUAUGUUUCCUCUCAUCUCCUCUGUAACAUAUUUUUAUUUUGUGUGUAAUGAAAUGACUUUCAAUUUGUUGUUUUUAACUGUUUCUGGUUUGAAGAAUGUGUGGACCUCUGAUUUGAUAGGGUUCCUCUAAUCUGUUUCAGAAGUAUCUGAUGUUUGUGGUUUGUUCUCUCUCAUGUUGUUUCUGUCGGAUUCAUUUCUUUAUUUAACUUUUUUGUGUUGUGUUGUCAGCAUCAUAUUCAUAUCCCAGCAGCAGCAGCAGAUACUGACGUGUCCUCGGCGUCCAGAGGAGCUCGCGUCUCUCAGCGACUCGUCCAGCUGUCGCUGCCCAGACUGAGGAAGAGCAACGUCUGCAGCGAGCUGGGACGUCCGGAGGAGUCGGUCUGGACGGUGUCGAGGGCAGCGAGAAGAGCGACGCCAAGUUCUCGAGUUGAAACGCUGGCGACAGCGCAGCAGCUCUCCAAGGACUACGUCGCUCCACGAGAGGCGGAGUGGAGAAGAAACUACGUCCUGUUCCCCUGAGCCUCCGUCAGCAUCACUACCAACUCUCUGCUGGUCUCAUCCCUGCUACCGUGGGAUUGAUGGGAAGAAGAUGUUAGGAUGAAGAAAGAGGCUUUGAAAUGAAUCCGCAAACACACAUAGAUCUCGAUUAAAAGUCUUUAACUUGUCUGAAGAUUCUGCAGAUUCAAUGUUCAAAUUCUUUAGAGCUUUAGCUUCUAACUUCUUUUCCACUAAUGCAAUAAAAUCUUUUCGAGAGGAAUUUCAGUAUUUUUUAGCCUCAGUCGUAUGUUUAUAAAUUUCCAAUGUUUCCAGAAUCUGAGUGAACUCCCAGAGAAACAAUUUCAGCCUUUUAUCGGUGAAAAAACACUUGAAGUGACAUUUUGUGGAUUGUUGCUUUUGCUCAUUAAGAUUAAAUUGUAGCCGCAGCCAUCGAAAUACCAGAAUUCCUCUUUAAACCACAAAACCGAGAGAAAGAGGAAAAAAACAUUUAAAUUCUCGAAGGAUUUGAAAAUGUGUUGAAAUUCCCAGUUUAAUGGAUCUGGACGGGAAUUGGUCUGAGAUCGAUUCCCAACUGUUGCGUGUGUGUCUCCGCUCGUGUGUUGAUGUCAUCACCGCGAGCUGGAGCCAUUAAAACCAGUUAUUUCUGGAUUGCGACAUCAGGAUUUAUGAACGAUUGCUGCUUUAAAUCUCUGAUGUUUUGGCAGAAUCUGUGAAAGAUGUUCGGAGUUAAAAAGCUGAGUGUGAUGUUGUGAUCCAGGAGGUUUUCCCUUUGCACUGGAGCUGGAUUUCAUGUUUCUAUCCC